AUGGGAGUUGCAGCAGUCGCUGAAGUAGCUCUGAUCCUAGCUAAGCCGCAUUUCCUUAAACUUGGUGUUCAUCCGUACCCGAGAUCUGAAAUUGAGCUUUACACCGCACUCUGCUGCCUCGGGAGCCAGCGCUCAGAAGACAUUCAUCCUUCCUCCUAUUUUUCUUUUAAUGUUUUUGUACCAGUUAGCCUUUUACCUUCUAUUCGUAAUCACUUAAACAGUGCUUAUAUGAAUCCCAUAGCUAUGGCCAGGGCACGAGGUCCUGCCCCAAAUUCAGGACCAACAAUACAAGACUACUUGAACAGGCCAAGACCAACAUGGGAAGAAGUGAAAGAGCAACUAGAAAAGAAAAAGAAAGGAUCCAGGGCUUUGGCUGAAUUUGAAGAAAAGAUGAAUGAGAAUUGGAGGAAAGAACUGGAAAAACACAGGGAGAAAUUACUGGGUGGAAAUGAGAGUUCUUCCAAAAAGAAGGAGAAAAAGAAAAAGGAAAAGAAGAAAUCUAAUAGGUUGUCUUCAUCUUCCUCUUCUUCAUCAAGCUCUGAUUCUUCCAGCAGUUCAUCUGAUUCAGAAGAUGAGGAUAAAAAACAAGGGAAGAAAAGAAGGAAAAAGAAGUAUCGCUCCUCACGGAAAUCUUCAGCAAGCACAACUUCAGAAUCUGAGUCAGACAGCAAGGAUAGCACCAAAAAGAAGAGGUCAAAGGAGGACUGUGAAAAAGAGAAGGAAGGUAAAAAUCACCACAGGAAAAGGAAGAAAGCAGAUCGUGAUGGACCUUUAUCAUCAGAAUCUGUAUCUGAAUCGGAUCAGACAGAGGAGGUGCAAGCGAAAAAGAAGAAAAGCAAUGAGGAAAAAGAGAAAACAGCAAGUAUCCCUUUUACUGUAGUUUUAGGAUAUAAAUACUAUGUAAAGAAGAAUUUUUCACUCUUUUACCUAUCUGUGUGGUAUCAAGUAGGGGAGCAGUUUGCCACACAGACUUCAGGCCUGUUCCUUUAUUAGCAUUGUGUGUAAUUCAUUGGUAAGCCCUCUCUGCUGCCAUGGAAAGGGCUUUGGGACAUAAUUGCUGCAACAUCAAUGCCAUUACAACUCUUCUCCCAACCAAAUAAAAAGCUGCCAGCUACCUGUUACUUUUCUUAUAUUUUUUAUUUGUAUCUGUUGGUAAAAGUGAGAGGAAGGUUCAGCAGUGAUUUAUAUAGAAUGCAGAUUUACUACAUGUACCUGAGGUUCCUCAGUUAGGAGUAUAGUGGGUUUGGGAUCCUAAAUGCCCACUUGGGAUGUGUUUGUAUCUGUCUCCCCUGUCAGCAGCAGUGUUCCUUAUCAGUUGCCCUCUUGAGGUAGGGCAAAGGGAAGGUCAACAUUAGUUACAUAAAAAAGCAGGCAUAGGAGUAUUAGUGAUACUUAGUUCACAUUUUUCCAUGGAACUUGUUUGUUUUUUCAGACUCAUGAACAAUUUUCCAUAACAUUUCUAGUGAUUGCUUAUGGUCUUUUUCAUAAAAUAUUUGUAUGUAUAAGGAAUAUGUAUAAAACAAAGCUUUAAUACUGAUUGUUUCACGUAUGUAAUGCCACACCCAUUUGAGAAUUUCAGUUGAAAUUCUGCUUGCAAAAAGACAAGAUUGCAUCUCUUAGCUUCUGUAUUACAGUGAUCAGCAUACUACCUUCAGGGCUGAAUCCAGUAGGGUUAAUUUGAAUGUAUUUAUAUUUAGAGUUGAGAUCACAAUUGUUUUAUUUUAAACAAGGUACAAGUAAUAGUCUAACCACGUGCAGUUGAGCUAUUUAAUUUUACACAGUGAAUUUAAAUGCUUACUUUAAAAUCUGUAUGCAUCCUAGUUAUUCCCAAAUAUGUCACUGCUGGUCAAAGCACUUCCUUAUUACUUUCUCAGUAAUCUAGAAUGCUCUGAAAAUAAUUUAAAAUAUUAGGAAAUGUAAUAGUGACAGUGAUGAGAGGUAUCAAAUAGCCAUACCAUGGUGGAGAUAAAUUGAAAUUGAAGACUGCUCAUAGUAGUGCAAAUUGCUUGGUAAAGUAUUUCUUUGUGUGAUUUCUCAAUAGGCUUCUGUAGAAACUGCUUUUGAAAUAUCUUUCAAAAGAUAUCCUUUCUGUGUCAUUUUGCAUUAGCAGAAUGUAAUACUACAAUACUUGUAAUUAUACAAGAACUUCCUUUUUUUUUUUUUAGGAUAAAACAAAAAAGAGAAAGAAGCACAAGAAACAUGGUAAAAAGAAGAAAAAGAAGACUGCUGGUUCAAAUUCAGAUUCAGAAUAAUAUUUUAAAACAACCUGAGACUAUCAACAGAAGUGCAAUGACUAAAGGAAACUUAAACUGUGAAAUGACAGCAAACUUUACCAAACUGCAUGAGUUUUCCUGUGUUUUAGAAAUAUUCCUAAUCUUUCAGUAGCCAGCCAGAUGCAGCUGUGCUAGGAAAGACCGUUGUUGUUGCCUGCUGCUUAAUACAUGAGGUACAACUUUUAUAAAAUUCCAGUAAGUGGUGUUAGAUGUUUGAGACAAUAUGAGAUGGUAGGCCAGCUGAGAUGUAAAAUAUUGGAAAAUGAGAGUUAAACUUUUUAGAUAGUAAAAAUAGUAUUUUGAAGCAUUAGUAAUAGUCUUUAUUUGUAAAUCACAACAAAUUAAAUCCCAAGUUUAUCCUGCAGGUUAAUAUUAUGCAUAAACUACUACAAGCUGGUGUCUGCUAAUGGAAAAUUAAUAACAUUUAAAAGGCUGCCUUUGUAGAAAUGUGUAUCAUUUGCCCCAUUACCGUCUCCAUGCUUAUGAGAAAGGGAAUGCUACCAUUUUGGCUACCUGAAUGGGGUGCCUUUGAUUCUUGCAAAUCUCUGCUCCUUUUAAUCCAUGCAUCUCUGCAUUCCUGGGAAGCUAGAGCUAUUGUCAGCAGGCUUUUCUGAAUGAGCAGUUUUGAGCUUCCAAGCAUGUGCUUCUGCAUUAAGCAAGAGCAAUGACAUUUUUCAGUAUAACUGACAGUCAAAACCUGAAGAUUUUACCUCUGCUUUUACAAAAUAGCGAUAGACCUUUGCUAGUAAAUAUGCAUAUUUCAUUUAAUGUAAUUUUGGUUUAAUUGAAAACUUCUUGCAAACACUGGUAGCUUUCUUUGCAUUAGCUUUAGAAUUGUUUUGCAUGAUUUGUACCAUUUUUAAAUUAACAAAAUGCAGGUAAUCAUUUGUUGUAACCAGUUCUAUGAGUUACAUUUCACAUGCAGAUUUUCAUGUAUGUAUUUAGUUAUAGUUAAGUUCAUUGCUGUGUUUAAGUGCACACUUGCUGAAGUUAUUUAGCAUGUAAAAAGCAGGGUUUUGAUACCUUAACAGCUUCAUAUUGAAGCUGAUUUUACUCUAAGCAAGUUCAGUGGCAGAUCUGUUAUGUGACAUGUCUUGUUAGAUAAAAAAACUACUGCCAGAAUCUCAUUAAAGAUACUGUUUAAACAGUUUGUAUUUAUAUUUUUGUACUUGAGGGCUACAGAAUGUUGACCUAAGUCAUAAAGCUGUUUUACUUUAGUUUAGUUGCUUUAUAUAACUGAAAAAAAAGCUUUUUUAAAUUAAAUGUGCCCACAAGAAACACGAGCAACCAUUUGAUUUUAGUUUACAUUAAAUUCUCACUUCUUCACAUCUUCCAUUGAAAUAUUGAUUGCUGGGCCUUCUGUUAGCCUUUAACAAAUGCCCAUCCAUCUCAAGGAGUCAAAUAUAGUUUGUAUUUUUGAUCCACCCCUUUUUUCCAUUGCACAGGUGCUAACUUAGAACUUACCUCUAUUGCAUAUGGAUGUUUCAAAUGUUGUGUUGCCAAGAAUUUCUGGACUUUUAAGACAUUGAUUCUUAGUCUGCAAACCAUAACUAAAAUCUGUGGGAGAAAGAUGAUUUCGUAUUGCCAUAUUGCCAUUGUACAGAGAAAUAGUCUUCAAGUUCUUGGGAAAAUACAACCAUUGAGUUGCAGCAAUGUGCAUCUAAACAACAGUAGUAUUUUCAUCAACUAUUUUAUACUGUUUGGCUUGAUGUUACCAGUUCCAGACACUCUUGUCAAUGAGGUUAAAAUAAAGUGAUAUGCAGUGAACAGAGGGGUUUGAUUUGGGGUUUGUGUUUAGUUUUGUUGGGGCUGGUUUUUUCUUUAAGUUGUAGUGUUGUAGUUUUGGUAAAAGAACCAUAAUGAACCAUAGCAUAAAUGCACUGUCCUGUGUGAUACCUUAUUUGACUUUUACACAACCACCUGCCACAGAAAGAAAUAAAAAUGGAAAUGAGACCCAGUCUUCCAAAUACCUAA